GGCCCGCGGGCUCCUACGGCGGGCUUGACCUCCAACAGCGCGGAGGUCCUGGCGCAUAUGUCCCGCCCGCCUCUUCCGCCAGCCGGGUGGCGCUCCCCGCUGGAGGGGCUUCUGCCGGUCUGUGUGCCCUGCGGUCCAAGCCCGCGGCUGCUUCGCCUCCCCAGCAGCAGCCGACGAGCGCAGUGCGCAGGCAGUGAGCAGCGUGUUGAUCGCGGUCCCAGCGCGUCUCCAGCGCAUCAGGGUGCCGGUGGCAGGGCCCGCGUGCGGGAGGACACCCGGGGAGUUGUCGUGCAGGGCCCGAAGCCGGCGGUGGCGUGGCUCAAGUGCGCUUUCCAUGCCAACUGCUACUAACAGUAUAAGCGGUGGAAAAGCCAGAAUUCACCUGUCAGCACCUCAGUCUAUAACUAUUUAUAGCUCUCUUCAUUGUCACCACCAGCAGUCCCCAUACCAUUCUUAAUGCUCUUAGGAAAGUGCUAAACCUGAAUAUGGCCUUACUGUUCAGUUGAUAGUAACAAAGUGCACUAGUGCCCAGCUUUGUGUGGGUAACUUUCUGUUUUCCUGCAAUAAAUCUUGCUUAGUGAACGGUAAGCAGAGGGUCAAAGCUCUGUUUACAUGUUGAUUGUACUGUCCAUGAUACUUAUUUCCCACAUUUGUGCAAUCUAACAUGCAUUAAAGUGUUACUUUACAGAGUAUGAAGCUUGCUAAGCUGCUUUGGUUUAUUGGCAGGCAUGUUUUGCCAGUUCUGCUUCUCCAUAGUAAGAUAUUGGAGGACUGUGUCUGAACAUUUGAGGCACUGUUUUGAGUAUUCUACAGAUAUGCAGAAAAAUAGUCUUAGAUCUUAAUUUCUUCAUAUGUAAGUUAGUUAUCUGCUAUUUUAUGUAGGUGGUUUAGCUGGCAUAAAGAAAAUAGCAACUGAUACGCAUCAGUAGAUUUUUUCUGUGGCCAUAUCUUUGCUUGUUAGUGUGCUCUCUAGAGUGGUGCAGUACGUCACUGUACAUACUUCCAUACAUGCUGGCAUAGCUGCCUGUGGAAACGAGCUGAUGACAGAAGGCUGCAGUUACACAGAUCGUAGUGAGAGUGAUGGAGAGGUCUUGCUGCUGUACCAGUAGCUGGCUGACUUCUGACACGUCUCUUCCUGAAUACAGUAAGAGUCCUUGGACCAUUUUCCAGGAUGGAUGUAGCGAGGACUGGGGAACUGAUGCUUUGUUUUGCCACAAGGAAUAGAAUGAUGCAGUUUUUUUCCUAAUUGUCUCUCUUACUGAAAACUUCUCCUCCCACCGCCUUCAUGCUGUUGGUGUAUUUUGAACCAUAUCCUGUCUUACAUGGUAUGGUUGCUUUAUUCUUUUUUCCCUUGAGGAACAGGGUUUUUUUAAGUAAUGAAAAUGGAGGACAGUGGUGCUCACAGUGACUUUGAAACAGAAAGAAGGCAAUGGCAGUGUGAUUGCUGAAAUUAAGUUCUUGCAUAACAAUACUGACAUAGUAAUGUGGCUUUCUUUAUAAUCUCAUAUUCUUUGACCAGCCUCAUGCUGCCGACUUGGCCACCAGGCUUGCAUAAUCAUGUGCAAAUGCAGUACAUUAUGAUCAAGUCAGAUGAACUGAAUAUUCUGCAUCAGAGUUUUCUGUUCACACUAGUUGUAAGCUGAAUACAAAUUUACUGUACCUGCAUGUGCUGUUGUGCUUUUAUUAAUUUUUAUUCCAUACUUGCAUUACACUUAAAAAUUUGUUUCUAGGUAGCAUUUUAGUAUGGAAAGGACCAUUUGAGAAGAAGGCAGAGAACAAAACUUAAAGAUGUUGUAUACAUAACUCUAGUAAGCUUGAGGAGGUGACCUUUAGCAUUGUGAGUGGUGUAAGUGAAUGAGAAACCUUUCCAACAAGCACGUGAAUAUCUGCUGCAGGUUGUAUCAAGCUAAGACAAAGAACUAGUCUUUAAAGUGCUUUAAUUAAAACAAAACAAACUAAAUUGCAUUGAUUAAACAUAUUUUUCCUGAUAUCAUUGAUUAUGUCUUAAUUUAACCAGUAGCUUUCUUUGAAUAGCUGUUCCUAGUCAAAGGCUGAAUAGAAUGUUGUUUUUUGUUUAGCUUGAUACUUUCAAAAUAAGACCUGCAGAGCUGUAUUUUCAGGUAUGGCAACAUAGGAAACUACCAAACAGGUAUUUCUUAUCUGACAUAAAAGCCACAGAGACCCUUAGCAUGUUGGUUUUUAAAGACAAAAAUCAGCAUUUAUCCAGUGAAAUCUGCAAUACUUUUUUUUUUUUUUUUUCCCCCAAUCUGUCUUUAUUAUUUUAAAAAGGCCAUUUAAUUGUUGUUUGCAAAUCAGGUUUGGGGCCUUUGUUUGUUUGGUUUGGUUUGUUUUUUCCAAGUAAGCUAACCUGAAACUGCAAAGAGGAUAACUCUGAAAGUGAAACUUAAACUUUGGUUGGUGAGAAGAUGAAAAUAAAAAAUACAGUAAAAUAAAAUACAGUUAUAAACAUUUUUUAAACUUACUAACCAACUAAAAAAUAAAAGCUGUUUGUGUUACAGUAUGCAUCAGGAUUUUUACACGUGUUGCACCAUUUUAUCUUCUGAUGAGUGAUGAUAGUACACAGCCAUCUUUAUACUGGCCAGAAGCAUCAGUUUACUGAUGGAAUCGGGGGGAAGUCUUCGCCUGUUAUUUCGUCCAGCAAGGAGGUUGUUUUAAUUAUCUGAAGGUCUCUAAAUAUUUAAGAAAAGUUACCCUCUGUCAAAUACUUCCAUCUAAUAUUACUUGGCGAAGAGAUAUUACAAGUUAAAUGGCUUUCUUUCCCAUUAUUUUCUUUUACAUUCCCUGCUUGAUAAGUCUGCUCAUACACAAUUUAUUAGCCUGGACUGACUCUUGAAAUUGCAUCUGUCUCUUUUCUGUGUAAAUUGUCUGUGGGAUGAGCCUAGUUACUGCAGUUUCCUGUUGUAGUUACUCUAAUUAAUUGGUAACCCUCUUCGUAUUUAAAAGGUAGUUUCCUGGAUCAUCAUUGUUUUCUGUUCAAGGCUGCAUUAAUAAUAAUAAUUUAAAAACUGGUUAAAUAGUUCUUGCUUCUUGCAGUUGGAACAUAUUACUAGAAAUUAAUUUUAUCUUUUGCAAAACAUUUAAUGAUUCCUUGUUCUGUACAAACUCAGUGGUAUUUAUUGUCCAUUGUACUGGAUUGCUGAAGGGCUUAAUACUAUUGACAAGAACCUCACACACAAACAUGUUAUUAUGUAGUUACCUCUUUCACGGAUUGUUUUGUGGACUGUUGUUUUCUAUCACAUCCUAUAGUUAAUGCACUGGCUUUAUGAAUUCAGUAGUAUCAUUUCAUCUGUUUUCUUAAGGCCUGCAUGAUCAUAACAUAUGCUUUAUACAUAAUUUCAUUUCUUGCAUUUAAUUUUGAGGAAAAAAUGUGCGCUAAACUUCGUUCUUCAUCUGAAUGUUGUCUCAUGUGGUACAACUAUUUAAUAUUACUUCCAUUUGCUUUUUCUUUAGUUUAGUUUGGAAUUUCUCCUAAGAACAGCAAGAGUUGGUGAAGAAAACAUACAGUUUAUUGAUACCUUUCGUGAGCUUUUUCUCUGUGAUUCAUUUUGUUUUACCCCAUUCCCAUGUCAAGAGCACGGUGAAGCAACAUUAGCCUAGGUCCCUUCAGCUGAAAAUAACAAGAAUAGCUAAAAACAACCAUUGUCUCUGGCAGCACGUGCAGCAGUAUCAUCAACCUGGAAGAACCUACAGGCUGCAUGCAUCUCAAAGUCUAUGGCCUAGCUUCCCCAACUCUAGAAAAAUAAAUAUGUCAUCUUUGUGGAUAGUCUUACAUAGCUGAAUUUUAGCUCAUUUUUUCCCCUUUCAACUAAAUAUUUCAUUUUUUUUAGUUGCAGAUUGGAAAUACUUGUUUCCAGAAAACUUUUCUCUACAAGUGUGUAAUUCCAUAAGCAUAUUUCAGUGACAGAGAAACAAGAUGGGAUUUCCAAGAGCACAUACCACAUGAGGAUAGCAUUGUGUUUAAAAUGGAAGUUGACAUAAAUGGAGAGUCCAGAACUACCCUAUCCACCCUCCCUGUGCCUGUUGCAGCAGUGACUCCUGCGGGCAGGAUGGAAGCAGAGAAGCCCCGCUGUUCCAGUACCCCCUGCUCACCAAUGCGACAAACUGUUGCGGGAUAUCAGAUCCUUCACAUGGAUUCUAACUACCUGGUUGGCUUCACAACUGGAGAGGAGCUGCUAAAAUUAGCCCGGAAGUGUACAGGAAGUGAAGAGAAUAAAGGAGAAUCUGGGCCAAACUUGCUCUCCAAACAGCUUGAUUCAGGACUCAAACGUUCUUCCCGUUUGUACAAAACUAGAAGUAGGUACUAUCAGCCAUAUGAGAUCCCAGCAGUAAAUGGAAGGAGGAGGAGACGGAUGCCCAGCUCAGGGGAUAAAUGCACUAAGGCUUUACCAUAUGAACCUUACAAGGCACUUCAUGGUCCCCUGCCACUUUGCCUUUUAAAAAGUAAAAGGUCUCAUUCAAAAUCCCUGGACUACCUCAAUUUAGACAAAAUGAGCAUUAAGGAACCUGCUGACACAGAAGUGCUACAAUACCAGCUCCAACACCUUACCAUUAGAGGGGACCUUGUGUUUGCAAGAAAUAACACAUGAUCUUGAAUUUAGAAUCAAUUCCUGAUUCUUUCUCUGCUGCAAAAAUCCACAUUGUCCACAUCGUAGGUGGUUUUAUCAGCUAAAUGUUAUCAGAAAGUAAUUUAUUUGAAUAGAAACUUGGCAAUGCAAUGUGCUACAAAUACUCACGGGGAGAAAUCUUUCCUAAGCAAGCAAAUUCUGAUGCAAAUUUGACUGUGACUGGUGAAUAUUUCUUUGGACACCUUUUAACAAAUUGAGAAAGCUUUUUAUGUUUGAGUUUGAGGUUUUUUGGGGUUUUUGUUUGGUUGGAUGGUUGGUUAUGUUUUUUUGGUACAGUUAGAUCUAGUAUUUAUAGUAAUUUAACACUGAAAGAUUGAUGAUGCCAGCUUGGUUGUUUCUAAUUUUGACUUGAUGUUAGAAACUGAACUUCGAUAAGUAAGUUUAGGAGGUCUUUUGGUUUUAUUUUUGUUCCUGUAUUCUACAGUAAAAUGUAUGUAUUAUUUUUUAAUUAAUGGAGAGGAAAGUGAGCUUGGCUAAACUGGAUGAUGUGCUGUUUAAACAAUCCAGUUGAAACGUUUUCAAACUGCACGUGCACUGAUGAUGAGAGUGAGAUUCACUUGUAAAACAAACCUUUGCUACUUGAAUCCUGUUAAAUUAUUUUCUAGUUUCUGCAUGGGAGUAAUUUCUUUCCUCUGUUCUAUAAAACUUAUUCAAGAGAAAUAUUUGGGUUAUUAAAAAGAAAUAUUUUGGGGAGAGAUUUUUUUUGUUAGUGGAAUUUAUUUUUUACAUUGUCUUGACACACAAACAAGGGUUAAUUUCAGAUUCCAGUAAAUGCACUAGAAUGUCUGCAUUGGUGUGUCAAUGUUUUUGAAUUUAAUUCAUGAUUUCUAUGUCAGGUAUAGUAACAGAAGGUGUCAACUUCAGCAUUGCUUUGGAAAUUCAGUUGAUUUGAAGCACUGCACACUUGAGAUCUGGAAGGGCUUUUUUUUUUUUUUUUUUUUUAAUGCAGUGCAGUGGAAGUAUUUCUGUGUUAGCCUUGAAGAGAUGAUCCUGGAUCAUUCAACAGAGUGAACUGAAUACAGUGGCUAACUUUGUUAUUUUAGAAUUUUUUUUAUCCAAACGCAGUAUGAAAUGCAGUUUUGGCAGCUGCAUUCCUAGCUGUAUUUAAAACAUUUUGUUAACUUAUGCUUAAAAAUGAAAAAUAGUUUUCAGGCUUCAUUUUUUAGGUGCAAUCUUCUACUGAAGCAGUAUGCAGCUUGGUUUUGACUGAUGAACUCUGCAGAAGUUUAAAAUAAGAUCACAUUGUUUUGCAACAUAAAUUAUUAGAUCAGUUUUUCCUGGUAGAAUUAAGAUUUUUUUGUUUGCUUGUUUGUUAUCGUUCAGAAUUAAUAGAAAGCACUAGUUAGUGCAUGCUCUGUGGAAAACGAGGAGUUGUUCUGUCACUUCUCAAUUGUAAAUGAAGGCAGCCCAAUAGUCUUCAUCUUUCUGGUUUGGUUAUUUUUUCUUAGGUUUGUUAGAAUUCUUUGCAGCAGAAUGUGUUUUUAAAAGUUAACUACACCUGUGUAAAUUUAAUGUUUUGAACAAUGAUCUUGAAAGUGAAAUCUUCCUAUAUAAGUCUUUAGUUUGAAAAACAGAAUGUAGUCAGAUGCCAAAGAGAUGGAAAUUUUGUUUAAGGAAUAAACACCACUGUUUGUUGAAAUACCCUAUGAAAUGGUAUUUCUAGCUUAAAAAUUUUAAGGGUGAUAUAAACACCUAUUGUUGUGGAGUCUUCUGCUGUGUGGGAGAAAGAGAGCACUUAAAAAUACAGCUUUUUUCAUUUUAAAAUAACCUUAAAUCAGGGAUCUUGAACUUCUGUGAAAUAGAUGCUUAGGUUUGUUGCUUUGUUUCAGGUAAUGGGCCAUGUGAUUAUUAAUGUUUUGUGCGUGUGUUUAAUGUCAUCCUGUGCUGUAAUUGUACAGCUACACUAAUAGAGGGGUUGAUGGCUAUCCAGCUGAGUUCAAACAUUAAAAAUGUGUUAGUACUUUUAUCUGCUUGAUGAUUUGCUUGUGAAGGUGCUUACAUGGGGUAAUAUUCUUUAUUUAGCUCAUAUGCACUUGCAGCUCUCAUAUCCUCAUUCAGGAGCCCCAUGUUUUGCAAGUUUGGUUUGUAAUGUUCUUUAUCAAAACUCUUAUAUCUAUGAGAAAUUCCUGGUUUUACCUUUAAAAUAAGCAAAGUCUCAGAAAAUUGGAAGCUUUUGAUCUUGUCUUAUUUUUGCUACUAAUGAUGUGUUGCACUAAUCUGUUAAAAUCAAAGAUGAGAUGGUUCCUGUAAUAAAUUAAAAGAAAAAAAAAAGCCUAAAAAGAAAA